CUUUUGCUGCUUUCCUUUAUUCUAUUCUAGUCUCUCUUCCAGUUUUCCUUCCUUCUUUUAUUGCUUGAUCAGUUGUUCUACUAAUUGCUUCUUAUUUCUAUGUUUCCUUCUCAGGAAAUAAAUGUCUCUAAAUAGCAUGGAAAUGCCCUUUUCUUCUUGAGCUUCUUCAGCUUGAGAAAGAAAAAGAGGGUUUUAUCUGUUCCUUUUCCUCCAUUUUCUUCCGUUCUUCUGUUGGUUUACCAUGAGAAAACCAGCGGAAAGAUUUUCAGGCGUGGAAUCAUUGUUCUCAGGUUUUGUGCUUGACCCUGCAAAAUGUAGUCAACUGAGCUUGGAAGAGAAAAGGGAACUAGUCCAUGAAAUUUCCCAAUGGUCAAAGGAUGCUCCAGAGAUCCUUCGUUCCUGGAGUCGCCGAGAGCUUCUUGAGAUAAUCUGUGCUGAAAUGGGUAAAGAGAGGAAAUAUACAGGCUUUACAAAAUUUAGAAUGAUAGAGCAUCUUCUCAAGUUAGUGGCCAAGAGAACAGUGAAAAACAUUACUGAUGAUCCAUUAGCUGUUUCACCAUCUAAGAGUCAAAUUGGUUCAAAAAGACAAAGGAAGAAAGAGCAUCCACUCCGGCUAGCAACUGAUGCAGAUCAUGUUCCCAAGGCAAAUAUUAAAGAAGAGCAAUUGGACAUGGUACUCUGUCAAAAUCUUGCAUGUAGAGCUAAUUUAAGCCCAGAGGAUGCUUUUUGUAAGAGAUGUUCAUGCUGCAUCUGUCACCGUUAUGAUGAUAACAAGGAUCCUAGUCUAUGGUUAACCUGCAGUUCUGAUCCUCCAAAUCAGGAUGAUUCCUGUGGAAUGUCAUGCCACUUGGAAUGUGCUCUUAAGCAUGAAAGGGCUGGCAUUAUGAAGAAUGGGUGCCAAACAAGGUUGGAUGGCAGUUUCUAUUGUGUUUUCUGUGGCAAAGUUAAUGAACUUAUGGGAACCUUGAGAAAACAAUUGUUAAUUGCCAAGGAUGCCAGAAGGGUGGAUGUCCUGUGUCAUCGGAUAUCCCUUAGCCAUAAGAUUCUCAAAGGAACAGAGCUAUACAAAGAACUUCAAAGGAUAGUUGACACUGCAUUGAAGAAACUCAAGAAAGAGGUAGGGCCUCUGGAUCGAGUAUCUGCAAAGAUGGCAAGGGGCAUUGUUAACAGGCUUUCUUGCGGUGCUGAAGUUCAAAAGCUAUGUGCUUCAGCAGUAGAAGCUAUUGAUUCCAUGCUUUCGGGCUUGCAUCCUGAGCCUCAUCAUAUUGAUCUUAAAGGACAACAAACUUGUCAGAUCCACUUUGAAGAACCAACAGCAACCUCCAUUGUUGUUGUUUUGGAAUAUGAAGAUAAUCUGUUGGAGGACUUUCUAGGUUGUAGACUCUGGCAUCGAAGGUCCACUGUGAUGGACUAUCCAGAAAAGCCCACUUACAUUGUGCUGAGGCCAGAAAAGAGAUUUGUCAUAUCAGGUCUUGAUCCUUCGACGGAGUACUUCUGCAAGGUUUCUCUGUUCAGCAGCACAAAGGAACUGGGUGCAUGGGAAGCUAAAUGGAUCACACAAGCACCAAGCAGAAGCUCUAUUUCAGCUCUGGAUGAAGAGCAUGAGAAGGAAGAUCAAGUUCCAACAGUUCAAGCAAAUUCCCAGAGGGAUUCAACAAACUCAAGUGACAUCCGGUUAGCCUGUGGUGAUCACUACUCAAAACUUCGAUCAUUGGAGGACAUCAGCAAACAUGAUGAGUGCCACCGGCCACCUCUUCCCACGGCUGCAAAUUACAUUGGCUCCACAUCUGUUCCUCCUACCACACCAUGCAAAUCUGAUGGAACCCAUGAGGUUCCAGGUUCUGUUUCUAAGAAGCAAUGGACAGAAAGGAACUACGAGUAUUGUGUACGAGUUGUCAGAUGGUUAGAGCAGGAAGGACACAUAGAGAAGGAUUUCAGGGUGAAGUUUCUAACUUGGUUCAGCUUGAAAGCAACAAUGCAAGAGAAGAGAGUAGUCAGUGCUUUUGUGGAUACCCUGAUUGAUGACCCCCCAAGCUUGGCAGGUCAGCUCAUUGAUACUUUCAUGGACGAAAUUUGCAAUGAACAGAAGCCUGUCUCUCGAAGCGUUUUCUGUACUAGAUUGUGGCAUUGAAUAUUGAAAAGUUGGUUUAUCAUGACAACUCAGAAGUAGGGAGUAGUUGAUCUUGUUAGAAUCCUUAUAGAGAAAAAAGAUUAUUGAACUCUUCUAACAUGGAUAUUAACCUGAUGUAACUCUACUGCACCAUUGUCUCUGGAAUGCUCAUCCCUGGCAUUUCAUGGAGUAUGAUCUUUGUGAAGGAAAAGUAGAACGGGAAAUACCUAGAUGCAAAUUCUAUCCAUUAAUGUUCA